AUGAUAAAAGUUCAUACCACAUAAUCAUGGUAUUAAUUAAGCUGAUAGUGGUGGAGUUCACACAAUAUCCCACCAUCGUGAGUUCAUAUUUACAUGUAACAAAGUUCUGGUCACUCUUUUUCUAAUUUUUAAAUUUCCCCUUUUUUCCUUUAUUUGCAUGGUGCUCUAUUUUUUUCCCUCCUUUGGCAACUUUUGCAAAGUAUAAAAACUUAGCCUAACCUGCACAAUUAAGGCAAACAUUACUAUAAUAGGCUAUUUAAUUACAGCUCAUAAUAGUCAUGCAAAAAACCGAACUGCGUAAAGGGCCGUGGAUCGAGGAAGAGGACGAACAACUAGCUGCAGCCGUGGCUGUUUUAGGCAAUAGAAGAUGGGAUGCAUUAGCAAAAUCAUCAGGUUUACGAAGGAGCGGAAAGAGUUGCAGGCUACGAUGGCUGAACUAUUUACGUCCCAAUUUAAAGCACGGAAAUAUUUCUCAUGAGGAAGAAAAAAUAAUAUCCGAACUACACGAAAAAUGGGGCAAUAAGUGGUCUAAAAUUGCAAGGAGAUUGCCGGGAAGAACAGACAACGAGAUAAAGAACUAUUGGAGAAGUCACUUGAGGAAGAAAGGUAGUGUUCUUGAUCAAAAAGAAUGCUCAAGUAGCACAACAAACAAUUCAUUACUGAGAUCGGAAUCUGGAACGGCCAGCCCUUGUUCGAUCCACGACGAAUCGGGACCCUCGGAUCGCGAUUCAAGUGAUAAGCUCGAGAUGUUGACUUUGACUGCUUCGCCUUACGAAACUAGGUUGACCGAGUGGAUGUUGACUUAUGACUUUUGUGAUCAGGAAUGGACAUAUGAUGAAUGGAUCAGUGCUAAUAGUUCUUGGUUUGUUUCUCUAUGGGGAUGAGAUUUGGUUUGAGUGUGAUUUUAUUAAAGAGUUGAAACUAAUACAAUGUACUGGUUUGUUAAGUUCAGUGUAAAAAAUAUUGUUUAAGUAUAUGGUAAAAUGAUAGUUACAAAUGUUAUACUGAUAUUGUUACUUAAUGUCCUUUGUUAUGAUGCUUCUUUGGUCCUUAGUUUGGAUCAUAAGCAGAUUAUAAUAUCAUAGCCA